AUGGGCUCCAUUAAUUUUUUGAAGGUGGUUGAGGAGUUGCACAGGCCAAAUGCUUUCUGCUACACCUCCUUGAGUGAGUUAGAGACAUUGUUGGUACUGGCUGGGACAGAAAACAUCAGGGUAGCCUUUGAUAGUGUUGGAAUGCUGCAUUGCCCAGAUUUGUUUGCAGAUGGGUUUUCUUCAGUAAAGCCCAAGCUGGAUGUAACAGACUUUAGUUUAGCUGUUGUAAAAGGUGGAGCUGGACAAGAAAACAUGCUACAGGAUUCCUGUGGGACUCCGGUAUAUAUGGGUAACCCACAUCAUCUUGUUAGACAAACUCCGGAACUCUGGGACAAGAAGUCUUACAGCCAGCAAUGCGACGUUUGGUCAAUGGGAAUUAUCAUGUAUUGGCUGUUAUGUGGCUCACCACCGUUUAUAGCGCCUCAUACAGAUGCUUUGUCAACCUUGAUCAAACAAGCCAAGUUGAAUUUUGGAAGUCCUUCCUGGAAAGAUGUGUCAGAAAACGCCAAAUUUCUGAUCCAAGGAAUGCUUAGAGUAGAUCCAGCACAUCGACUCACAGCAAGUGAAGUACUUCACAACCCAUGGACUAAAGGAACAUCAAAUACCUCGUCGAAUUCCAACUUUCCACAACCAUCCAACGUUUUGGAAAUGAUGCAGAUGUGGCACCAAGAACUUCGUCACCAGGAAGCACCUUUACAGAGCGUCGAAAGUGAAAACGACUCGGAAUGGGAUAUAUCCUUGGACAGUUCUAGUCAAUUACAAGAAACGACAGGUAAACGGCAACCAGAAAAGUCAAGCCUUAGUUCGAAAAGUUCAUCUGUGACACGUGGAACUAAAGUUAGGUUUACUGGCAAGAAAACGUCUUUGUUGGAAGAUGUACCAGCUAGGAAGACGGUUUAUAAAGUAAACUAUUCUGUAUCUGUUGAAGGUGAUCUAUCCACAGCAAAUUUUGUAAUGAUUGUGGUAUCAUCAAUUAUGGAUAUAAAAUUCUAA